AUGUACUUGACAACCGACGAUAACUCUUCCACUUAUGUCAAGCAGCCGUCGCACAAGCAGCAGCAGGCGGAUGUUGAAGUCAGCAUUGGCACUAACAUGCUAAACGAAAAGGUCAACAGUACAACUUCACCGGAUGAGUCCACGAUGGACUCCUCCACCGCCUCCUCUUCUUCUACGGAGAGACAAGAUGGUCGUCUCUCGAACAGCGACUCAGAAAACUCUAAUACAACCAAACCAUGUCACUGGGUUGGUUAUAAAGAUGGUGAAACUGAAACUACUGAGGUGACGGAAGAUCUGUCCAUGGAAAUCGACUGUGAUGAGGAGGAACAGGAUGACGUUUCCAUGCUCAACUCGUCGAUUCGCACUUUGCAAGUUGAGAUCAGCUCCGAAUACGACCAAACACCAUUUUUGGUUACACCGGAAGAAGUGGACAUCUCUUGUUGCGAACCUGGCGCUAUCGAAGUAGCUGUAGCGUGGGACAGUUUUCAAAACAUGGUGACCUACGUGACACCUACUCUUGUCAUUCCUGCCACCAAGACCACCACUACCAAGACUAUUACAAAGAAAUCAAGACGGAAACGAUCCUCACGGAAGCACCGUGGAAGACUCUUGUCUGGAUCGACCCACAGCUCUAUGAUGACUUGGGAUCUCGAUUUUCCACUGAGAAGUCAUGCCGAAGACUAUCCGGGAGUAGUACGAAGUGCUGAUAUCUAG